AUGCCGCCCCCCGAACAACCAAGUCACAGCUCGACUCCGAGGUCCUUUACAAGCCAAACUGCUUCCGCUGAAGAUCUCCUCAAGUCCCAGACGGUUGGGCUUGUCCAUCUCUCCGAUUUUCGCAAACGCCGUGCGGAGGUUUUGGAGCAAAAAGAGCGAGAGGCACAUGACAAGUCGCUAGGAAGAUUUACAUCCGGUAGCUCAAGAAGCGCAACCCCUUCAGGUGGCGAUAUAACUGACGGGAAUUCAACAUCCCGGAGCGAGGCUCCGCCAAGGAAGAAGAAAAAGAAGCCACUUGCAAAGAGCAAAUUGUCAUUUGGAGACGAUGAGAAGGAAGAGGAUGAUGACACUUUUGUUCCAAAACCGAAGACGAAGCCUGCGGAAGACCUAACUCCCACGCCCGCUGAAUUAAGUGCCUCGCGUUCUGCUACCGGUACACCUUUUGACGACAGCUCUACAUCACAAUCUCGUCGCAUUACACCAAACCCAAGGGCGCCACCUCCUCCGAAGGCUCUCACAAAAGCUGCGCUCAAAGCGGAAGCGGAAGCACGAGAUGCUUUACGAAGAGAGUUUUUGGUCAUGCAGGACGCUAUAAAAAACACUGAGAUCAUGGUCCCUUUUGUAUUCUACGAUGGAACGAAUAUACCUGCCGGUACAGCCAAGGUAAAGAAGGGCGAUCAAGUAUGGCUGUUGCUCGAUCGAUGCCGAAAAGUAGGUGCCGAAUUGGGUGUCAGCGGUACCAGCGGGGCAUCGAAAGGACGCAAGUACAAUCGCCGGGAAUGGGCGAGGGUUAGCGUGGAUGACUUGAUGCUUGUUAAAGGAGAUGUCAUUAUUCCACAUCACUACGAACUGUACUACUUUAUCGCAAACAGUGUUCCCAGUUUCUCGAGCGCCGGGGGGCUGCUCUUCGACUAUUCCAACAAACCUCCACCACCGCCUCCCACCGAUGAUCCCUUAUACCGGCCGAGUAACGACGAACUCGAAGGCAACGACAAAGAUCCGACGCUAACGAAGGUGGUCGACAGACGGUGGUACGAGCGGAACAAGCACAUUUUUCCCGCAAGUCUAUGGCGGGAGUACGAACCGGGACCAGAAUUUGAAGAGAAGAUGCGUACAACGAGACGCGAUGCAGAAGGAAACACGUUCUUCUUUUGA